UCCGGCUGCUCCGGCGCAGGCACUUAGCUCACGCAUCCGCGCAGUGCACGUGUAUUGGCUGGGCUGAGCUGUGGUAGCGAUGGACGCCUUGGACCGAGUUGUAAAGCCCAAAACAAAAAGAGCCAAGAGAUUCCUUGAGAAGAGGGAACCAAAACUUAGUGAAAAUAUUAAAAAUGCCAUGCUGAUUAAAGGGGGAAAUGCAAAUGCAACAGUGACCCAAGUCCUGAAAGACGUGUAUGCACUGAAAAAACCAUAUGGCGUUCUGUAUAAAAAAAAUAUUAAUUGGAUUUACUUAGCAAGAUUAUUAAGCUUGAUGUCAAAUCCUUUUAAUGUUCUUAGGAAAAAUAUUACAAGACCAUUUGAAGAUCAGACAUCACUGGAAUUCUUUUCAAAGAAAUCAGAUUGUUCUUUAUUCAUGUUUGGAUCACAUAAUAAGAAGCGUCCCAAUAACCUAGUAAUUGGUCGUAUGUAUGACUACCACGUACUGGAUAUGAUUGAGUUAGGUAUUGAGAAAUUUGUGUCUCUAAAAGAUAUAAAGAACAGUAAAUGUCCUGAGGGAACAAAACCCAUGUUAAUAUUUGCUGGUGAUGAUUUUGAUGUGACAGAAGACUACAGAAGGCUGAAAAGCCUUCUUAUUGAUUUCUUCAGAGGCCCCACGGUGGCAAAUAUCCGCCUGGCUGGAUUAGAGUAUGUUCUACACUUCACUGCUCUGAAGGGGAAGGUUUAUUUUCGCAGUUAUAAGUUGCUCUUGAAGAAAUCUGGUUGCAGAACGCCACGAAUUGAGUUGGAAGAGAUGGGACCUUCGUUGGACCUGGUUCUGAGGAGGACACACCUGGCUUCAGAUGACCUUUAUAAGUUAUCUAUGAAAAUGCCAAAAGCUCUCAAGCCAAAGAAGAAGAAAAAUAUGUCUCAGGAUACUUUUGGUACAACUUAUGGAAGGAUUCAUAUGCAGAAACAAGACCUAAGCAAACUACAAACUAGGAAAAUGAAGGGAUUGAAGAAGCGACCUGCAGAACGGCUAACAGAUGACCAGGAGAAAAAGUCAAAAAGAAUUAAAAACAAUUAAUAGAACUUAACCAACAACUACAGUUUUAUUGUAAUCUAUUUACUGUAAGGAAUCAUCAAGCUUCAAUGCAAUUCCAUUUCUUAAAAGAAUUUAUUGUAUAUUUUUAUAGCACUUAAUAUAGAACUUUGUCACAGUAGUGUACCAGUUUAACGUAAGCUUGCUACUUGCUUUGUCAGCUUCUUCUGAGCCAUUUUCACAUCCUCCUGCUGUAAUGUCCCAACACUCCCAGACUUCUCUCUUGCUGUGUGAGGGGAGGAGGAAGAUUUGCACUACCACUGGUGGUCUCAUCACAUUUUGGGUGGUUAGUGAUUAGAUAAAGGGAGAAAAGCCAUGCAGGGCAGAGGUGACUCCAGGGACCCACACAGACCUCUGUGUGAGCCAUUCAAGAAUUAGUCCUCACUUCCAGGUGCAUCUAUACCCAACUUUUAUUUUUUGCUUCUCAGUUAUUGCCUGAGUCCUACUAGUUAAGAAAAUUGAGAUUUUAAGCUUUGUGUUUUAAAUUGUAGACCUCUGAGAUAGAUGUGCCGUUCCUGGUCAUUGACACAUUGCCUUAUUACUGAUUAUUUAAAGACACCCUGGCCUUGAUAUGGAGCUCAGUGUAGAGCACUUGCCCACUAUGUGCAAGGCCCUGGGCUCCAUCCCCAUACCACUUAAGAAUGACAAAAGGCUCUGCUGUAUGUGCAUCUCCAUGGCCCUUUGCUGAGAGGAAGGAAUCUUUGAUGCAGUAUAAAUGAGAAAGAGUAGGUAAGUUUUAAGGCACAGAGCACUUUAAGGAACCAACUGGCCCUCAGCAGAAAGACUGCAUGCUAGAUCCUUGCCCUGUGUGAUAGAUGUUUUCUAAUAUUCUUCCAAUGUAAUACGUUGAUAGCCUUAAUAUUGGUCAUCUUUUUUUUUUUUUUUUUUUUUUUUUUUUGGUA